AUGUUUGAUUCUUUUGACAUCAAGGAUUUAUUACAUGGUUUUGGCAUUAUUGGAGACCACAUAUGCAAUACUUUGAUAGCAGUGCAUGCUGACAUCAAGGAAACUGUAGUUGGUUCGCCUUGCAGCUCUUGUCUUACCUACUCCAUGCUGCUACUCUGGUAUCCCAACAGCUGCAAAGAGGCCUUGGUUUGGAACAAGCUUUCCAAAGAUCCUGUGGUGAGGUGUUCAUUUACUCACAGCACUCUCUGUUUGCUCAGAAGCAGGUGCAAGAAAUUAUUAAGAGACACGCUUGUAGUAUUAUGCCUACAGACAAAAGUUGUUUGUUGUCCGCUGGUCUGUGGCCCAACAAAGUGCCUUCUGGCCUUCUUUGUGCUGAAGAUUCUCAGUUGUCUACUAUUCUAAGGGAUGGACAAGUUCUCCUUUAUGUCUUGAAUCGACACAGUUUAAAAAAACAACAGGACUUAUCCUCUUACUUUGCAAGAUCUUGAAAAGAUAGCACAAUCUUAUCCUACGGACAGUCUUAAUUUUAGUAUUGUAGAGUUGGAAGCUCAGUGGUUGGAUGAACCUGUGGUUAUUCAGCAGUCUGUCCAACUCAUCUUGGAGAAAUCAACGUCAGUAGACUGGAUGCUAAGGAUGCGUUGGCUGUGCCACUUGGCAAAGGUUCUGCCCGAUGAAAUGGAUCAGAUUCAAACAGAGAUAGAUGCUGGAGCACAUGCUUUAAGCAAGUUUUACUCUAGUCCACUCCCUAAAGAAAUGAGCAGCGUGAUGAAACUCAUUCAGACUUUCAUCUUAGAUGAGAAUUGCAUCCCACUUGAUCUCCGCUGGAAUAUGCAGUUAUUGGACUUUGUGAAGCAUUACCUUAGCCUUGACACAGGCAUGGAACCUGAGAAGGAACUAUUUAGCAUGCUAGACAAUGUCACAAACAGGGGUUUGGUUCUUCUUAACCGGCAACAAAUAUCUUAUAUUGAGACUCAUUCAUCCAGAAAUCUGAAGAGAUCAAGUGCUUUGAAAAUUGCAGUAGAUUUUCACCAAGAUCCAGCUGUUCACCAUGACCUUCCUCAUCCAGUGGUUGCCCAUCUUGUUGCAUUUUUUGACCUUUGGGACAUGCUUGUCUUUGAGUGCCUUCAGUCCAACCAUACUCCGCUAUCAAAUGAAGCUACAAAUGAGUUGUUAUGUUGCCUCCGUUGGCGUGAUCGGUUCAGGGUGUUGUCUGAGACUGUUGGACUGGAGCCAGCUGAUUUGGCCUUGCUAACCUUCCAUUGGCAGUGGCUAGUAAAGUACUCCUUGAAACCAAUAAAACAGCUGUUCCUUGGACAUGAGCAUCAGAGGCUUUCUCAGGAAGUUCAGUCUGUGUCUGAGAGUAUUCAAGACUGCCUUUCAUCCACACAAAUGCCUGCUAGUGUAAAACUACUUCAAAAAAUUCUUGGCAAACCUCUACCCUUCAAGGAUGACUCUGUGGUACAGUGUAUGGAUAAACUGAAAGCUCUAAGCACUUCCCUUAAUGUAGUUGAUCUGAGACCAGAUAAAGGAGAGAGUGGUUGCCAGCGUGAUUUUUACAGAUUAAAAGCUGCUAGCUCUGACUGGGACACAAAAUACAAAUUGCUUCAGGAAUGGACAUCUAUCCUUCGUGCAAAUCAUCAAGAAGAUGGGAACACU